GAGGCAGUGCUGUGUUAUGCUACAAAGCGGGGGGGACCCAAGUGGGCUGUUAUUUCCUUUCCAGCCUGGCUUGACCCCAAACCGUUUUGAGUGGAGGUUUUCUGAGAACGAGAGAGAGGGGUGUGUUACACAGGAGAUUGCACUGUGAAGGAUCACUCUGUGUAUGAUACUAUUCUAAGUACUGGUGAUUGCACUGGGAUCUAUAAACUGCUGGAUUUUAAUGGGAUAAAGUGACUGUGGAUUUUACAACAGAGAUGGCAUAUCCAGGGAAAGCUCGUCUGAAGAGGUCCUUAAGUGAACACCUCAAGGUUUCAACUAGCAAAGCAUGGGAUGUCUUCUGGAAGAGUGCGAGAGAGAGGAGGUUAUCAGAAAUUGAAGCCAAGGAGGCCUGUGAUUGGCUGAGAGCUGCUGGUUUUCCGCAAUAUGCACAGCUUUAUGAAGAUAUGCUAUUUCCAAUUGACAUAGAAAUUGUGAAAAAUGAUCAUGAAUUCCUGGAUCGAGAUGCGAUGGAAUCAUUGUACAGGCGUUUGAAUACCUUGAACAAAUGUGCCACUAUGAAAGUUGAAAUUAGUCGUAACAGAAAACAGAGUGACUCUGAAGAAGAUGAACCUUGUGCCAUAAGCAACAAAUGGUCCUAUCAGAGACAAAGUCAAAGGUGGUCCCGACUGGAGAAUUUAGAUUGUUUUCAACCUGAGGAAACUUCAACUCUGUCCUUGCCAAGUAGUCCAUGUAGUAAGAGCCCAAAAGAUGAUUUAUCAGAUCUUGGGGAGAGGAAUGAUGCAUCUUCAUUACACAGCUCUAGCAGUGCUGAGAGUGAUGGCUUCCUCAAGACUUAUGAAGACUUGGAGACCAGCAGAAGUUCUUCAAGGUGUUCAUCUUCAACUAAACUCAUCUCUCCAGAUUCAACAUUUCGUUGUUCCCCAUCUCCUAGUGAUACACUAAAUAUCAUCACAGAGGAAAGGUUGCUUGAAAAGCCACCUAAUAAAAGAGGUAAAAGUCUGCUGAGGAAAAUGGAAAAGCUACGCUUAAGAAGCUCUACUGUAAAAAGAAAUGCGUUUCCAAAAGAGAGACCUAGUAUCAGUGGUCCUGUUUUGCUAGAUGGACUUGAUGACGAUAAAUUACGGAACCUAAACUGUGUCAACAUUUCAGAUCUAGCUGAUGCUCAAAGUAAAGAGGGACUUUCAUGUUCUUCUCAGACAUGCAGCAGCAGUAGUCCAUCUGAAAAUAGCAGCACUGUGAGCACCCCAAGUCCUGUUAUAAGAGUGAGAAGUCACAUGAAAAGAGGUGGCAUGUAUGCAGAAGACUUUGAUCUUACUAAAUUCCCCCUAUGGAGUGAUAUAUCUGAGCAAAAUUUCAGAAAUGAGCAGCACUUGCAUGAAAAUCAAGUUUUCCAGAUACCACAGGGCCAUAAACCUGGUACAUUUCCCAAAGCACUUACAAAUACUAUAUUGACACCUAUAGAUAAUACUUCUGUAAAUUGGAGGACUGGAAGCUUUCAUGGUUGCAAUAGGAACAGGAUGAGAUCUAGUAGCUCCAAAGACACCGAAACUCCUCCAAGUCCACUUUCCCUUGUUAACAAUCGACUAAGCAUUUAUGAUAACGUGCCAAAUCUUCCUUUCCACCUCAACAAGCUUGAAUCCCCAGGAGAUGACGAUGUAUUCUCCGAACUAGACAAUGUAAUGGAGCAUGUUAAUGGACUUCGCAAACUGGUCAGUGAAUGGUCUGAAAAGUUCUCAGAUGAUGGAGAUUCUGAUUUUGCUAAUGACUCUGCCUCCCCUUGUCCAUCUUCCCCCAAAACAAUCCACCUUGAGGUAAACGAACAUAUACAUGGCAAAUCGAAAUCCAUCAAUGACUCGGAUAGUUGCAAACCUUGUACGGACAGUGACUCUUCCAUUUUGCCCUAUAUGACGGUUUCUGAGAUGGGGUCAUCUUUAACAGAUUGCAGCAGACACAGUCCAGAACCCGAGAACCCAUUAUUACAAGUUGAUAGCCAGUCAGCAGCCCACCUGAACCGGAUUCAAAAACUGGCUUUGCUCAAGUUAACAGCGUUGAUGGAUAAAUACUCCCCGUCUAGCAAGCAGGGCUGGAACUGGACAGUACCAAAGUUUAUCCGUAAAAUUAGAGCUCCAGACUACAAGGAUAAAAAUGUAUUUGGCGUCCCAUUCCUGCUGAACGUUCAGAAAACAGGCCAUCCACUUCCCAAAAGCAUCCUCCAGGCCAUGGAGUAUUUACGGAUACACUUUCUGGAUCAGGUUGGCCUUUUUAGAAAAUCUGGUGUGAAAUCAAGGAUACAGUCCCUGCGUGAGAUGAACGAGUUGGAUUCCAGCUUUGUGAAUUACGAUGGACAGUCUGCGUUUGACGUGGCAGACAUGGUGAAGCAGUAUUUCCGGGAUUUGCCUGAACCAAUAUUCACAAACAAGAUGUGUGAAUCUUUCCUGCACAUCUAUCAAUAUUUACCAAAGGAUCAGCAUUUUUGUGCUGUUCAGGCUGCCAUUCUACUUCUUCCAGACGAAAGUCGGGAAGCCCUUCGGAUCCUCUUGUGUUUCCUCCGAGAUGUGGUUGCCUGUGUGUCUGAAAAUCAAAUGACGCCCACCAACAUUGCUGUGUGUUUGGCCCCCAGUCUGUUUCAUCUGAACACACUUCGGAGAGAGAGUUCUUCAUCUUCUUCUAGGUCAAGCCAGAGGAAAUACAGUCUUGGAAAACCAGACCAAAAAGACUUAAGUGAGAAUUUGGCAGCAACUCAGGGUUUGGCUCACAUGAUUGCAGAGUGCAACAAGCUAUUUCAGCUCCCUGAAUAUUGUCGUGACCUGUGUCCAAAGUUUUCUCAACCCCAAAGCAGCAUUUCUCAUGUUGCUAUAAGCACAUCAACCACCUCAUUGGCAGCUCAUUGCAACACUCUCAUCUCCUUGGAGAAUUCCAUGCAGAACCUUCUUCGAGAUGCCAAGGAUAAAUUCCGAAGUUGGGUAGCGUGUUCUGGCUUUGAACAUGUGGACCUAGCUUAUAAAAAGGUAGAAAAUAAUGAAUAUCCUCUCAGGCUGUGGAAAGUCUCCACUGAAAUAGAAGGCACACCCCAGAUGGUGUUACAGCACAUUUUGAGAGAGCAACACACGUGGGAUCCAAAUCUUCAACAGUCCAAGAUUAUAGAAACACUAGAUGAAGAUACCGAAAUGUAUCACUAUUCAACAGAAAGCAUGUCCCCAUUGCCAUCCAGAGAAUAUGUGAUUUUAAGAACAUGGAGGACUGACCCUCAAAGUGGUACCUGCAUCUUAGCUGCUACAUCAAUUGACUGUGAAGAUGUUCCACCCAGUGGAAUACUGGGACAUGUUGUCUUGUGCCAGCAUCUCAUAGAGAACAUUGGAACUCAGAAGAGCAAAUUGACUCAUGUCUGCAGAAUGGACACAAGAGGGCAUUCAACUGAAUGGUACAACAGGGUAUUUGGCCAUCUGUGUGCAGCAGAGAUAAUGAGAAUAAAAGACUCCUUUAACAAAAAGAGAUCUGGUAAACCAUAAUAUGAGUAGUCCUGUCCAUGCAAUGCCAAGGAAACAUGCACUUUUUGAAGUUUUGGAGCAAGACAAAAAAAAAUUGGAGUACCGUUAUGCUGGGCAAGAACUGUUUUAUAUUCUACUGUCAAAUGAUCUUGGUAUAAAUUGCAUGUACACCUUGGAAAUCUUUUAGCAUAUAUACAUAUGUAUUUUUAUGUUUUUGUUGAAAGAAAAGGUACUUGAAUCAAUUAUACAUAGCAAAAAAUAAACUUUAUGUAAAAAUGUCAAUAUUGCAAGAGAAAAUGUAUAAUGUAUAGUACUUUCACUGUAUCAAAUAAUUUAUUUAUAACGUGCCCCCCCCCGCCCUUUACUUCUUGGAAUAGAAGGUUGAGCAGGUGUCCUGAGCCUUUCAGUAAAUAGAAAGAAAUAUAUAUAUUGAAUUGUGUAUAUAAAGCACAAUAUUGCCCAUGUCUUCUAGCAGUGGUAACGUUGUGCCAAGUUGGUUUUAAUAGUAAGAGACUUGAAAGUAUUUUGAAAGAUUGCAGUAAGUGAUAGGGAUAUGCCUUUAAAUCUUCUAUAAAUUAAUUGAUACAUGACAGCUCUUUGUAAAAACAAUAAAUUCAUUGCAUCCUUACCAACAUUAUCAUUGUUUAAAGAAGUCUAGCUAUUAAAUACAUUUCAAGUAAUUUCCCGUUUGAAGCAUUGUGCCUUUAAACAGGAAAUGCAAGUAUAGCACAGUGAUCCAAAAAAAAUGACAUUUUUAUUUGCAUAUUUAAAUGUUUUCUGCCUCUUCAUAAUCAGAGUUUAAUAUUGGUCCAUUUAAGCCUUAAUUAUGCUUAAUCACUGGCAAGUUGAGAAGUCGU